CUGCCUGGGAAUCUCCAGACUCCGGCGAUCUCCAGGACCUGAGGUUUCCGGAGCUCUUCGGGGUCGCUUCGCCCGGAGCAGGCUUCUUUGGCUUGUGAGCCCUCAGCAGAUGCCUGCCUCUUCCAGCAUGAGGGUCUUCUUGCCUGUACUGCUGGCAGCCCUUCUGGGUGUGGAGCAAGCCCAUUCCCUGGUAUGCUUCUCCUGCACCGACCAGAAGAGCAAUUUGAAAUGCCUGUGGCCAACUGUAUGCCCGAGCUCAGACAAUUACUGUGUCACAGUAUCUGCUACUGCUGGCUUUGGGGAUAUCAACCUUGGCUACACCCUGAAUAAGGGCUGUUCCGAGAUCUGCCCUCGUGAGAACAUCAAUGUCAACUUAGGUGUGGCAUCUGUGAAUAGCUACUGCUGCCGGCAUUCCUUCUGCAAUAUCAGCACAGCUGGCCUCGGACUUCGUGCUAGUGUCCCACUCCUGGGCCUUGGACUCCUGCUCAGCUUGCUGGCUCUGCUGCAGCUGGGCCCCUGACCAUCCCCGUGUAUGCUCCCCGUAUUCCCCCAGUUCAGGAAGAAAAGCUAGGGGGACCCUAGGAGCCUUCAGCUUCUGAGUGUGUCUAGUCCCCCUCCACAUUCUUUCAACAUCAGGGCUAAGCACCAAAUGCUUCCACAUCUGCUCUGUUGAAGUGGGACUAGCUACUCUUGUGUCCAGAACCAACCCUGUAACCUCCCUUGGGGACCAGGAAAGGGGUAAAAUCCUUCCUCAGAGUCUUAGAGUACCAAGGUCAGUACAGUGUGUCCUAUGGACACACUGACAAGGGGGGGAACUACCCAAAUGAAUAUAUACCUGUG